AGAACUCAAUUCCCACUUUCCAAGGUGGACUAGGUUAAUGAAGGACUACACCUCAUGGAUUUCUCUCAAGGGAGGGAAAUGAUACACAUCCGUGCCAUAAAUACCAGAGACAAUGAUGUACCACAACAAUUUGAAUAUGUGAGUGACAUGAUAUAUCUUGAUUGGUUUUCUCUUGUUCUAAGGAAAGGAUGUGAUUGUAGUCAUGAAUGUUUGAAUUUGAGGAAGUGUGCUUGUGUGGUGAUAAAUGGAGAGAUCUCAUAUAACCAUUAUGGGGCUAUUAUUAAAUCCCCUUUGUCUUUGAGUGUGGUUCUACUUGCAGGUGCCCUCCUUCUUGCAAGAAUAGAGGAUUUACCUCCAAAGGAAGAAUUGGGUAUCAAGUUUAGCAUUCCAAGAUUGGUACUAGAAAUUUUGAUGUUCAAGGGUUUGUACAGCAAAGAGGAUGAUGAUCAAGAGGAUGACAAUGAAUUCAAAGAAUUAGAAGAUGAAUUGGAUGAUUGAGGUAGAUUUUUAAAGGAACUACUAAGUCCAAAUUCAGUUGAUAAAGUUGUUUUGGUUAUGUAGCAUUUGACAGCUUUAUUUGCAUUGAUGAAUAUGUUUCUAUUUUUCAUCAUUGUUUAGAUGUACUUUGACUGAGUUUUUUGCUGAGUAGCCAAGCUGAAAAGAUGGGUAAUCAAUUGUUAAUGGAACC